CAGGCCGGCUGACUGAGGGCGAUCAUGAGCUCCGAAAGGGCUGCCGGCGACGCAGGCUCCCAGCUCGGGGCUGGGGGACGAGGGCGAGAGGUGCCAGCAGCCCCCAAGCCAGCCCCCCGCAAGGAGACAGAGAGACGCGCCCUCCGCCUCCUCCCACCCAAGCCUCCGGCAGUCCCGGCGAUCGGGGCGGGCCAGUCACAGGAGAAAGGGGCGCCGUCCGCCUCGCCCGGGGAACCGGGGCCUCUCCCGGGCAGGCUCCCCUUUGUCCAGGUACUUCUGGAGCCUCCUCUCCGCCCUCACCCUGCCCCUUGGGGCCGCCGCUGGGCGCUGACACGGACAGGGACACACAGACACGGACAUCUUACCCUCAUCUCCGGAGGCGGAGGCGCUGAAGGAUGGCUGUGGAGAUCCAGGGAGACAGUGGCCAUAGGGAUGCUAUGUGAACUGCAGAUGCAGGUGUCGGAGCACUUUGCUAACUGCCAACAAUCACUAUCGGUGUUCCCUGAGGAGCGCCAGCCUUGGGGUCAUCUGUGCUAUUCAGCCAAGGAGACCACAGUGCCUGCUGGCCCAGCCGAGCUCCGCCUAGCGAGCCCACCUGCCUUUCCUGCCACGGACUCUUCCUCUUCUGCUUUUCUGAGCAGGAUGGGUCCAGCCUCAACUAUGCAACCUGCAGCCCCCUGCCAACCAGUUGAGCUGAUUGGGUCAGGCAAGUCCAUCCCAUCCUGAGAACCUCAGGUCCCACUUUGACCUCUGAACAGAUGAACAGAUUCCUCCUCUUCUCAGAGACCUCCCUUUCCAAGCCUGUCUGGCUGGGUGUCCUGUGACUUGACAGUGGCUCCCCCAGCCCCAAAGCCAGCCCCCUUCAUCUGUGACUUAGUCUGUUGUAGUGGUGAGCUGACACAUCCAGGUAUGACCGUUGCUGAAAUCUUGUGCCCCCUCUGUGGUAUGCCCCUGCC